AUGUGCAUGUUAUUGUUCAUACAGAGAUAUUGUCUUGUUAUUUAACUUGUUGUAGUUUGGAGAUAACUCAGGAGAAACAUGAUAAGACCGGAGAUAAGUCAAACAUUGUUCCAGCAUGACAGCUGAGGCCCUCACAUGUGGCUGACAGACGUGUCAACUGAUCUGUUAGCUAACACUUGCUAGUUAGCUUGUGUGACAGAAAGUCAAACGAGGAGCGUGUAUUGACUCUACACGUGGUCAAAAAGCCGCUUUCACACAUUUAUGUAGCUUGUUCUGCCCGGUCAUAUCGUUAAUACUGACGUAGAUAACUGAAUUCCCCUCUGCGACGGAAGCAUCUGAGGUUUUAGUGGGAAAUUUGCCAGAAUAUGUCCAAAAAAUAUUAAGCGGUUUGUUCGGGGAUUCACGCGAAGGCGGAAGAGGGCAGGAGUGAAUCAUCUCGAUUUACGACGAACAGGAAGUGGAAGCACCACGCCCACUGAAAAGAUCCCUGCAUGUUCACACAGGUUAUUAACUGUUACUAUUAUUAUCUGAGCCAGACAGUCACGUUAUGACCCGUUCAUUAUCCUCCAAGUUUUAAAUUCUGCCGCUUAAUUAAACGGCGAUAAUUCAGCUAGCUAAAGCUAAAGCUAACAAUGAUUUACACUCAGGCUCCUGAGGCGCCACCCACAGGGUCCUUCCCUGCACAGCAACAGUUACAGCAACACUUCUGACCCUGAAUGUGAAAACGUGUCUAACAGAAAGUGUUUUAAAUUUAAUUCACCGUGUCUUAAUGUAAAAACUAAAGUGACUUCACGUUAUUGUCGCUUCUCCUCUUCUAACUCUGAGAUCAUGCUUCACCCUGAUUGGCUGUUUUUACACCCGCGUGCAAAAUGAGCUCUGAGGUGUGUCCAUACUGCGGGAAAACCUACAAAAGGCUGAAGACCCACCUGCCACACUGUAAGGCAGCAGCGAGCUCCAAAACACCUCCAACCAAACAUGACGUCACGGUAAAUCAGACAUCAUCAUCUCAGCUGGGCGCAGCAUCCAUGCAGGUGGUGUCAGUGGCUGCAAAGAAGAGUAGAAAGAAGCCUGCGGUGUCAUCAUCACCACAAACACCCUCACAGAGCGCAGGUACACCACCUUCAUUGUCCCUGAGUUCUGAAUCACCUCCACCAGCGACUAAGAAGAAGAAACAGCAGCUGUCCAAACAAAUCAAGACCGCCACCAUUCCCCCCGUCUCCGCCCAGUCACAGUCACCGUCUCUACCUCCCGCUGCCUCUACGCCCAAAAAGAAGAGUCUCCGUGCUUUGAUUGAAGCUGCAAAGUCCAAACAGGUUCCUGCCACACAGGACCUGCCCUCAGGUUCAGCUCCCUUUGUAGCUGAUCCUCAAACACAGACCAAAACUAAUCCCGACACUGAGUUGGUAAAAGACAACGCCCAUCCUGCCUUUUUGUCCUCAGACACCAAACCCAAAAGUUCCUCUAAAAUGAAAGCGACAAAGGCAAAGAAAGUGGCACAAACCCUUUCCUCAACCAAAGACACCUCGAGCUCUCUGGACUCUAAAGAAAAUCAGAGUGGCACAAGAAGAAACGACUCCUUGAUCGACGACAAGGAGGAAUUUGACGAUUUAUCCGUGAAUAAUGUGUUCUUGAAAUCAGGAAGCGCUCAUCAGGCCAGGAUCACCCUCCAGGAUGUUAAAGCCACGUUAGGCCGAGCUCACAGCAGCCGUCAGUCCAGCAUCUUGAACCAGAUUAGAACUACUGAAGAUCCCAGACCUGGUACUAGUCCCAGGUCUCAGUCUCAAGAUGGUGAUAGCUGCUGGGUAACAACUAAAUCUCUGUCCAGCAGCAGCUCACAACAGACUGAGCUACAGUCAGUUAAGACGAGAAACUCAAAGCCCAAACAAGCAUCUUUAAUCCCCCUCGAUGGUUCCCCUCAGUCUGAGCUACCCUCCCCUACACAUCCUCACCUGUUGUCUCAGGUGAGCCAAGCAAAGUUUCCUCUACAAAGCAUGAGCGAGGGGCUGAAGGUGGCAGGACUCCCCACAGUAUCACCACCACUCACCCAGUUUUCCAGCCCACAUCUUUUCCCCCUGGCACCGCCGAGGGUGGAGACUCCGAGACGUGAUGAUGGGUUGAUGAAGGAGAAGUCGCAGCUCUGGACAGAUCCUGGAUCUAAAGGUGUUCUGACACAGCGGAGGCUCGGACAGGUGAGGCUGAGGGAGUUACCUGAGUGGCUGGCCUGCAAAACUCCCAGCCAUCCGAGAGACAUGGUGGAAAUGGUGCAAAGAGGCUGGCAGUGGUAUUACAGGAGGUACAUCGACGUGAAGAAAGGCGGUGUAGGCGGACUGGGCAUGUUGUUAGCCGGAUACUGUGUGCUCAGCUACACCUGGAGUUACCCUCAUUUGAAGCGUGACCGCUGGAGGAAGCACCACUGAGGCCCAGAGAAGAUGUUCAGACGCUUCACAACUUGUCGGCAUCUUUUCUACAUUUAUACAGAUCCAAGCAUGAAUUAUAUCCGUUUGCAAUAUACAUUUUUGACCAUGUCGUGCAGCCCUGCUCCUAACCUCUGUUAAAUAUGAUGCUACAGCUGGCAUCUCAUUAUCUUACAUGUAGCUUAGCAUAAAGACUAGAAACAGGUGGGAUAGCUAGCCUGGCUCUGUUGAAUGCUAACAAACUCCACUUACCACAAACUUUUAUUUAAACUACAUAUUUAACUUUCGCACACCUUGUUUGUUCAGUCAACACAGAAACUGAGGUGAGGAAGCGUCAGUGUGUUUAUACACCUCACUUCCUGGAGUCUGCUCGUUGCCUGGCAACAGCUUAGAGCCAAGAAAUACAGAAGUAGCUCGCAUGUAGCUUGAUGGUCUUCUCUCAUGAUGUUAUUUCAAAGUUUAUACAUUUAAUUCAUCUAAAAAUGCAACUGGGUACAUAAAAUGGAUCUAAUUGAUCGUUUGAGUUUUUCACUCGAUUGUUUAUUCUGUGUCAUGCUGUGUGUUUUCACAUUUUUAUCGCCUGCCAGAAGUGACUGUUGUUGUUGGUGUGAUGUCACAGUGAUUCAGUCUUGAGCCCAGAACACAUAAACCAAGCGAAAUAUCAAAUUGGCCUUUUUACCAUUUGUCAGAACAAGGCUAGCUGUUUCAAGUCCUUAUGCUAAGCUAAAGCUAACCAGAUGCUGGCUGUUGCUUCAUGUUUAUAUUUACAUGAAAGUAACAAAGCUAAUGUUCCAGCUGCACAGAGAAUGUAAGAUGAACUCCUCUGGACACUGUGCAUCAAAUACGUUAUUUAAGUCAGAUUAUUUAUAUAUUUAUCUAUGUUUAUCUUAUUUAGUUUGCUGUGUGUCUAAUUUUAGUUUGAGAAGAGGAACUGCCUGUUACUCUUUGUAUUGUGAUUUAUCUGGUGUUCAUCGUGUGCGUCCCAAAGGCUCCACUGGGUGUCACUGUUGUUCUGUCACGGGACCCACAGAGGCUGGACGCUCUGAUGUUUGCUAUGCAGAGUUUUCUUUGCUCCUUUGUGCAGAGGCACUGGUGCUGAGGUCCGUGAGAGGAUUAAAGGGAACCAACAGAUUUUUUUUUUUAACUGGAUAAAAUCUUCCUCUGGCGGCCCAGAUGUAAAGGAACAUGAAAUUCGAAAUGUCCUGACACCAGUGCCCGUGAAGAGAUCUUAUCUGUGCAGCAGGGGGUUACAAAUCUUGUUUUUCUUUCUCGAAUGCUUCCCCCCGUCACAUGAUGUUAUUAUGCAUGCUGAGCUCGUCAGUGCCAGCGUGUGAACACUCACAGAAUAGUAAUGGAGGGACACUGAAGGAGGCUGUGAGCUGGACCGGACCAGUUUGUUAUUGUAUUCAAAAUGAAUUUAUUGUUGACUCUCCUCGCUGCUGUAGUGAACACACAUUAGCUACAAAUGAAGAAAUGACAGUAUUUUUAUAACGUUUGUUUUUUUUUUCCUGACGUCGCUUCUCAGCCAACACAAUAAAAAAUAAUUUCCA